UUUUAGCGCGGAACUUGGAAGUCGUCGGGAAGAAGGACAACUCGCAAACAAGACACUAUUUGAAAAAAAAAGUGCGUUUUCUCUUCAACUUAAAUGUGAUUGAUUACGAUAAAGACAAGGUGACUCGUUAAAAGUAAGCCCCGAACUGUAAUUUAUGAACUGUGCACGCUAAUUGUAGUUUAUGAGAAAGAGUGCUGAAUUUGUUUUUCUCUUCUACUCUGACUAAAAAACUCUGUGAAAACAACAAACAAAAACAGAUCUGUGGAUUAUUGUGGGAUUAAAUGGAAAUAGCACCGACUGUCCGGAGAAGCAGUCAUCAACAUGUUGAGAAGGACAAGAGCAGACGCAAAAUUCCCAGGGAUGUCGAGGUGGACAUUGAAUAUCUGUAUGAAGUUGUGCCACAGCUGUCUCGAAUUUUUCGUGUCAUAGACAAAAUCGGAGAAGGCACUUUCAGCUCAGUGUAUCUGGCUGAGGCGCAGAUGACUGAUGGUUCAAGAAAGAUGUUUGCAUUGAAACAUCUGAUCCCCACCAGUCACCCUAUGCGUAUAGCUGCUGAACUUCAGUGCCUGAUUGUUGCUGGAGGGACAGAGAAUGUGACGGGGGUCACAUACUGCUUCAGAAAAGAGCAUCACGUGGUCAUUGUUAUGCCAUACAUGGAGCAUCAAACCUUUGUGGACAUUGUUGGCUCCUUGAGUUUCGAGGAAGUGAGGCAUUACAUCUACCACUUGCUCAAAGCACUGAGGCAUAUUCACAAGUUUGGCAUCAUCCACCGAGACAUUAAGCCAAACAACUUCCUGUUCAAUCGACAGAGGAGAGAGUACGCUCUUGUUGAUUUUGGUCUGGCACAGGGCACCACUGACACUCAGAUAGAACUGCUAAAGGUUGUGAAGUCAAAGACUCAUAAAGGUGGUGGAUCUUCAGGAAUGGUGGAGGACGCACAUGGGAAACAGAAACUAUUGCCUUUACCACCCAACACCAGAAACCCUGCUGUCCAUUCCUGCACUAAAGCACUAGCUAAAAGAUCUUGCCCACCCUCACGAUUUAAACACACCAAGGAACUGUUGGUUCUUGAUAAGGCACCAAGGUCUGUAUUUGGGGAGAGGAACUUGAACAGCACAAACUCUCAUAAAAUCGGCACUGACAAAGUUGAGGGACAGCUUUCAAAGCCGAAAAAAGAGGACGUAAUUCCACACAAAAUUCUUUCUUUCAAACGCCGUUCAGUCCCUGUGAAAACUCCACUGAAUGGUCAGAAACAUAAAGCUCCUGCACUGAGUCAGACACUGAGUAGUCAGAAACCCAAACCUGCUGCUGUCAGCCAGACACUCACCUGCAGCUGCUUCAUGACUGACCGUGUCUGCAACAUCUGCCUGUCCAGGAAACAGCAGGUGGCUCCUAGAGCGGGUACUCCAGGCUUUAGGGCUCCUGAAGUCCUGACUAAGUGCCCCAAUCAGGGAACAGCUAUUGACAUGUGGUCAGCAGGCGUUAUAUUACUGUCACUGCUCAGUGGGAGGUAUCCAUUCUUCAAAGCUAGUGAUGAUCUGAUCGCUCUUACUCAGAUCAUGACCAUUAGAGGAACUAAGGAAACAAUAGAGGCUGCUAAGAAGUUUGGUAAAUCUAUUAUGUGCAGUCUUGAGCUCCCUCGGCUGAACCUCAGGAUUCUCUGUGAGACCCUGAGAGGUUUGCAAUCAUGUGAUAAUGGGUCACUUCCUGCUGAGUUUCAGGCCUCGCGUCACCCCGCAGAGGUAAAACAGGAUGGAGACAGCCCCGAUAAGAAACGAAUGAGCCGAUCCGGCUCAGGCUCACUGAAAAGCCCAGCAGAGCUGCAGGAGAUGGGCUGGGACAAAGUGUCUGAUGAAAUAUAUGACCUCCUGGAUAAACUGUUAGAUUUAAACCCAGCAACAAGAAUAACGGCCUCUAUGGCCCUGCAGCAUCCACUCUUCAAAGACAUGAUGGAUUAAGUUUUGUGCAUUAUUAUGUAAAUGGUUACACAAAUGCAUUUUUGUUAUGUUGUGUGCUGUAUCAUUUUGUGGGCUUGUUUUGAUGUAUUUAUUAGUCUUAUUUUUUGGUUUCUUAUCACUUUUGAGAAUAAAGAUGAAGUAAUUUGUUCAUUAGUAAUUUUCAUUAAAAUAAACCUUAAUGAAAUAUUCACCCAAAAAUGAUAUUCUCUCAUCAUUUACUCACACUUAUGUCAUCUCAAACUUGUAUGACUUUCUUCUGUGGAACACAAGCGAAGAUAUUUUCAUGGAGAUAUGAUGUGAAUAUGUCCAUACAAUGCAAAUAAAUAAUGACCAAACUUUCAAGCUGCAAAAAACACAUUAAAGCAGCAAAAAUCCAUCCAGUAAUCCAUAAAACUCCAGUGGUUUAUUCUGUCUUCUGAAGCGGUAUGAUCGGCUUGACGUGUUAGGAAGUGUAAUUGAGCUUAAAAUCAUGAUCUCCAAGGAGACUGCCGAUGUCAAGAUUUGUAGUGAAAAGGAGCUAUAUUUUGGUCUGUUUUCCCCCAAAAUCAUCUGCAUUGCUUCCGGAGACCUGGAUUAAAACCACUGGAGCGUUAUGGAUUACUUUUAUGCUGCCUUUAUGUGCUUUUUGGAUAUUGAAAAUUUGGUCACCAUUCAAUUGCAUUGUAUGGACAAACAGACAUCUCCAUGAGAAUAUCUUCGGUUUUUCUGCGUAAUAAAGUCAGAGUUUCAGACAUCCUAAGGGUGAGUAAAUGAUGAAAGAAUUAAAUGUAAUUUAAUAUUUAGUUAUAAUUUUUUGAUGAAAUAUUCCUCAUAAAAAGCGCCUAAGCCGUUUUUGUUUUUUGAA